AUGUUCAUGAGGACACAAAGUUGUCGGUUAUGGAACUCCACCCAUCCCGAGUUUACCAGUCUUCGUUUCUUUGUCUGGACUGGUGGGAACCCUGGAUUCACACUGACAACAGCCACAGAUUCGGAAGGUGAUGCCUCUUCACUUGGGAUUGAUGAAGAUGCCGAGCUACGAGUGGAUCGUGUCACGGCUUUGAAGGUCUGGGAGGCAGGAAUUCGACCAGGUGAUAUUUUAGAGACCGUCGCAGACAAACGCGUACACGCUAUGGACACUGAAGCGGCCUUAGUCUUGGUUCGAAUGUCCAAGAGCCCAUCGAUCAUUCGCUUUCGAUCUUCAACAAGCGGGACACACGUCCGGUUUGAUGUUGAACUUGGUCACCAGAAGCUAGGUGUGCUUUUCACAGGAGAUGGAGGUCACGAUAUCCCCAUUGUAACGCGAGUUGCUAGUCGACAUAGCUUGCAAAGCUUCAAAAAUCGUGAUUCGGUCUCUUCUUCAGGAGCUCUUCUUGGUGAUGUACUCGUAGCAGUCAACGGCAAAGAUGCAGUCGCGGCUGGACUAAACAUGACGACGAAAUACUUGGAAACGUGUCCACGGCCAGUGAAACUUACUUUCCAGCGUUUGAUAAACGAUGACAACACCAAUCGAUGCUUUGAUAGCCAAACCACAAGCGAACAAUCUGGAGAGCACCAGCGAAGAUCAGUUUAUCAGCACGACACGGUUGUGACGUCUGGUAUGACAGCCCGAGAAAUUGCACGCUAUCGCUGCAAGAACUUCUUCGGCGCAAUAAUGCCCAAAGGCGGUUACUCAGCUUCGCGACCCCUACAACGAGGAGCUAAGAAUCGUACUAAUUAUCCUGAAAACCGUGACGACGUCGUGGUUGAAUGGAAGAGCGGGCCUCUUGGGUUAACGCUUGUGGAAGACACCAUAUAUGGAGCACCGGUCGUGAAUCGUUUGACUGGAAAAGGUUCAUCGGCCAAUAUGGAGCGUCUUCAACACGGAUUCCAACUUCACUCGGUAAAUGGUGUUACUACUGAAGGUCGAUCGCUGGAAGGUCUGUGUCGUGAUCUAUUGACGUUACCAAAGCCCGUGAAGCUUGUCUUUCGUCCUACUCAGUCCGAUGGUAUCAGUGAGGAAGACAGCGAGUCUCGGCGUAAACUUAGUUCUGCAUUGUCAUCUUCAUCAACUGCUCCAGUGAUCUCGGCUGAAAGGGAAGUUGGGCUGAACGAACGGGCUCACCAAGAGUUGGUCACGGCAUCAGAAGCGCAGGGUCAUUGCUUCCGACAAGCACACUCGUUCCACGAGCAGUACGAAUACGAGGUGGUAUGGACUUCGAACCGUCUUGGACUGCAAUUGGAGAUAGCUGGACGCAAACCGGCAAAGAAGAACAAGACGGAUAAAAUGCCCACUCGACGUCAGUACCCGAUCGUGCGCAAAGUUCUUAAGGAGUCCACGCUUGGUCUACCGAGUGACGCGGUAGGGCAUCUUUUCGUGUCUAUCAACAACUGGCAAACCUCCGGCUUGACUGUAGAAGAACUUCGUACCCUUCUAGGGGCUGCAUCAAAACCUGCUCUACUACGCUUCCGAAGACAAGAUGGUUUGCCACGUUUUCGGCAGACAUUUUUGUCGAGUUCCUCGUACGCCACGGAAGAACGACCCAUGGACAAUGAUGCAGCAUUCGGCUCGACGUAUAGCAUCCUCUGGAGAGAAGGAAAACUUGGCAUUGUUUUUGGCUGCUACGAAGAUCCUCAGCGUCACAACACUCUUAUGGUCUAUGUGAAAAGCAUUGGGCCAGGACAAGCUCAGAACUCCAGACUUGUUGCCGUCGGUGAUAUUCUAAGCAGCAUCAACGGUCUAGGUCUUCCACCAAAGCAGAACUUUAAGAAGACGAUGCAGUCGCUUGUCAAUACCUCGCAGCCUAUCACGCUCGGAUUUCGUCGAUGGUCGGUUGAGCGCUCUUCCGACUGGAAUGAGCUUUCUUGA